UGGAUAUAGUGUCCCGAGUCGGUGAGUGUCUCCUCCGAUAAUCCAACAUCAUCCAGCCGUUUUUCAUACAUUCCCCAACAAUGCCCGGCGAAGCAACAGAAACGGUCCCAGUCACCGAACAGGAGAUGCAGCAGCCUCAAGUCGAGACCGCUACUCCUCCUGCCCCAGGGUCCUCCCAGAAACCUCAGGCAGCUUCUGGCCCUGCAAAGCCCAAAGGCAAAGAUGCCAAGAGUGCACAGGGUUUUUCUGCCCCAAAGGCUGUACCUGGCAGAAGGAAACGCUCCUCUAUGUCUGCCUCUUCCUCCUCCCCCACCUCACCAAAAUCCAAUUCUUCUACUACCCCCCUUUCAGCUGUGCCAUCUCCCCUGGCUACCUCACCGGGAAGCUCCUGUGCUAAUCAGGCAAAACGCUUCACCCCAAAAAUUGUCAAGGCUGGCAAACAAGGAAAAGCUAAGAAAGGAGAAGCGUUUGUUUCGGUUCCGUCCCCUGUGGUGUGUAAGGAGACACCAGCAAUCGAGAAACCGGUGGAGGCGAAGCAGAUUGCAGCCCCGGCUGCUUUUAAAGUUAGCGCAAAGCCUGCAGUGGCAGCUCCAGUGUCAUUUUCAGAUACUCUUGCGUCCAGCCCCUCCACACCAGUUGAGUUUAAGACCGCUCCAUCAAAAUCUGCCACUGUAAUCGUUGCUGAUGAUGACCUCCCUCCACUUAUUGCACCAGAGAAGCCAAUUCCAGUGCCAGAACCGGCACCCUCUGUAGAGGUUACUAAGGUUGUUAAACCAGCUAAAAAGGGAUCCCCGGCCCAAAUCAAAGCUGUUAAAGAGGUUCCAUCAAGCAAAAACUCUAAUGUUGAGGCUGCUGUAACAAAACCUGCUCCCAUUCAGGCUGCUAAACCAGCCGCAGAGGCUAAACCCUGUCCCGUUAAAGCAAGUAAACCACCCGCAGAGCCUAAACCUGCUCUUGCCGAUGCAGCUAAACCUGCUCCUGUUAAGGCCCCUAAACCAGCCGCAGAGGCUAAAUCUGCUCCCGGUAAGGCUGCUAAACCUGCGGCAGAGGCCAAACAGGCUCCUGUCGAUGAAGCUAAACCCGCUCCAGUUAAGGCUAGUAAGCUGGCUGCAGAGGCCAAACCUGCUCCUGUUAAAGCUGCUAAACCAGCAGCAGAGGCUAAACCCGCUCCUGCAACUAAACCAGCAGCAGAGGCUAAACCCCCUCCUGCAGCUAAACCAGCAGCAGAGGCUAAACCCGCUGCUAGAGCUAAACCAGCAGCAGAGGCUAAACCCACUCCUGCAGCUAAACCAGCAGCAGAGGCUAAACCUGCAGCAGAGGCUAAACCUGCAGCUAAACCAGCAGCAGAGGCUAAACCUGCAGCUAAACCAGCAGCAGAGGCUAAACCUGCAGCUAAACCAGCAGCAGAGGCUAAACCCGCUCCUGUCAAGGCCACUAAACUAGAAACAGAGGUUAAACCCGCUCCUGUCAAGGCAGCUAAACCAGCUGCAGAGGUUAAAUACGCUCCUGUUAAGGAUACUAAACCAGCCGCCGAGACUAAACCCGUUGAGGUCGCUAAACCAGCAGCACAGGCCAAACCCGCUCCUGUUGAGGCUGCUAAACCUGCUCCCGUAAAAUCUGCUAAACCUGCCCCUGUCGAAGCUGCUAAGCUGGUUUCUGAGGUUAAGGUGGCACCUGCUGAGCCAUCAUCUGCUCCCAUAAAAUCCUCUCCAGUUGAGCCUGCCUUUCAUGCCCCAGUUCCCCAUAAACUCACAUUUGCUGAAGCGGUUGCGAAACCGAUCCCAGUUAAACCAGAGGCUGAGGUAAUUGGUAAGACUCCUACAGAACCCAUCUCUUCACCCAAACCUGCCCCCACGCUCACUAAAACCCCGGUCAAGGUGGAGCCUGUGAUCAAGAACGACAAGGGAUCUGGUACAGAGUCAGACAGUGAUGACUCAGUCCCUGACCUGGAGGAACAGGAUUCUGCACAAACACAGACACAGCAAGCUCAGCUUGCUGCUGCUGCAGAAAUAGACGAGGAACCGGUCAGCAAAGCCAAACAGAGCCGCAGUGAAAAGAAGGCACGAAAGGCGAUGUCAAAGCUUGGUCUCAGGCAGGUAACAGGGGUCACCAGGGUCACCAUUCGCAAGUCAAAGAACAUCUUGUUUGUAAUUACCAAACCAGACGUCUACAAGAGCCCUGCAUCAGACACAUACAUAGUCUUCGGUGAAGCAAAGAUCGAAGAUCUUUCCCAGCAAGCCCAGCUGGCUGCGGCAGAAAAAUUCAAGGUACAGGGAGAAGCUGUAUCAAACAUCCAGGAAAACACACAGACGCCAACAGUACAGGAGGAAAGCGAAGAAGAGGAGGUGGAUGAGACCGGCGUUGAGGUCAAGGACAUCGAACUCGUUAUGUCACAAGCCAACGUGUCGCGAGCGAAGGCUGUACGCGCCCUGAAAAACAACAACAACGACAUUGUCAAUGCUAUUAUGGAGUUGACGAUGUAAUGGGACCCUCGCAACAAAGGGUUGAAGAAAGGUUGCUGAUUUAAGCUCAUUUAUACAAUUUAUACCCAAGAUGGAAAUAAAGUUGUGGCUGAUAAAUUGAAA